GGCUGGCGCGGUUGAGGUGAGCGAGUAGACGCUGUGGUGGCGGAGGACGUGAAGCGCGCAUGCGCACUCGGCGCCGAUCCCAGGAGAGGAGAGGAACCCGCUGCUUCCACACGGGAGAGACAGAACCCCCUGCUGUUACUAUCCGCCUGCAACUCCCCCGAUAGCUAAACUCUCCGGGCCGCCAUGGUGGACUAUCACAUGAGCGGCGGUACGCGCUACGUUAUGACUCCGGAGGGGAAGUACAUGGCGCAGGAGGACGACUGGGACCGGGACCUGCUACUCGACCCGGCCUGGGAGAAGCAGCAGCGCAAGACUUUCACUGCUUGGUGUAACUCCCACCUGAGGAAAGCCGGCACACAGAUCGAGAACAUCGAUGAGGAUUUCCGAGAUGGGUUGAAGCUUAUGUUACUUCUGGAAGUCAUUUCAGGGGAAAGACUUCCGAAACCGGAACGAGGAAAAAUGAGGGUCCAUAAAAUUAAUAACGUCAACAAAGCUCUGGACUUCAUUGCUAGUAAAGGGGUGAAGUUGGUCUCCAUUGGAGCUGAAGAAAUUGUUGAUGGCAAUGCCAAGAUGACACUGGGUAUGAUUUGGACCAUCAUUCUGCGGUUUGCCAUUCAGGACAUCUCUGUGGAAGAAACCUCUGCGAAGGAAGGAUUAUUACUGUGGUGUCAGAGAAAAACUGCGCCUUACAAGAAUGUCAAUGUACAGAACUUCCACAUAAGCUGGAAGGACGGCCUGGCUUUCAAUGCCUUGAUUCACAGACACCGACCAGAGCUUAUAGAAUAUGAUAAACUGAGAAAGGAUGACCCAGUGACUAACUUGAACAAUGCCUUUGAAGUGGCUGAGAAGUAUUUGGAUAUCCCGAAGAUGUUGGACGCUGAAGACAUUGUCGGCACCGCUCGCCCUGAUGAGAAGGCAAUCAUGACAUACGUGUCCUCUUUCUACCACGCCUUCUCAGGAGCUCAGAAGGCUGAGACAGCUGCCAACAGAAUCUGCAAAGUCCUGGCAGUCAAUCAAGAGAAUGAACAUCUGAUGGAGGAUUAUGAGAAACUAGCCAGCAGUCUCUUGGAAUGGAUUCGCCGCACAAUCCCAUGGUUGGAAGAUCGUCAGCCUGAGAAGACCAUGCCUGACAUGCAGCAGAAACUAGAGGACUUCCGGGACUACCGCCGCGUGCACAAGCCACCAAAAGUCCAGGAAAAAUGCCAACUGGAGAUCAACUUCAACACCCUACAAACUAAACUGAGGCUCAGUAACCGACCGGCUUUUAUGCCUUCUGAGGGGAAGAUGGUGUCGGACAUUAAUAAUGGCUGGCAGCAUUUGGAGCAGGCAGAGAAGGGUUAUGAGGAAUGGCUCUUAAAUGAAAUCCGCAGGUUGGAGAGGUUGGACCACUUGGCUGAAAAGUUCCGCCAGAAAGCGUCUAUUCAUGAAAGCUGGACUGAAGGCAAGGAGCCCUUAUUGAAGCAAAAGGACUACGAAACAGCCACCCUUGCAGAUAUCAAGGCUCUGAUCCGAAAACAUGAGGCCUUUGAGAGUGACUUGGCAGCUCACCAAGACAGAGUGGAGCAGAUCGCUGCCAUUGCACAAGAGCUGAAUGAACUUGACUAUUAUGACUCCCCUAGUGUAAACGCACGUUGCCAAAAGAUCUGUGACCAGUGGGAUGUCCUAGGGUCACUGACACACAUCAGACGAGAAGCCUUAGAGCAAACAGAAAAGCAUUUGGAGAAUAUUGACCAGAUGAACCUGGAGUAUGCCAAGAGGGCAGCGCCAUUUAAUAACUGGAUGGAGGGGGCCAUGGAGGAUUUGCAAGACAUGUUUAUUGUACACACUGUUGAAGAAGUGGAUGGCCUAAUCACAGCCCACGGCCAGUUUAAAUCCACUCUGCCAGAUGCAGACCGAGAGAGGGAAGCCAUCCUUGACAUCCAACGCCAGAUCCAGAAGAUCGCCGAUUAUAACAACAUUAAGUUGUCCGGUGGAAACCCUUACACCACGGUUACUCCAGAAAUAAUUAAUUCCAAAUGGGACAAGGUACAGCAGCUGGUCCCAAAGAGAGACAAUGCUUUGACGACAGAGCAGGACAAGCAACAGUCCAACGAGCGCUUGCGUCUGGAGUUUGCCAGCCUAGCUAAUGUGGAGGGACCUUGGAUCCAAAGCAAGAUGGAGGAAAUUGGAAGGAUUGCCAUUGAAAUGCAUGGCACUCUGGAGGACCAGAUGAGCCAUCUGAAGCAGUACGAACAGAGCGUCAUAAACCACAAGCCUAACAUAGACAGAAUGGAGCAGCAGCACCAGCUCAUUCAGGAAGCCCUCAUCUUUGAUAACAAGCACACCAACUACACCAUGGAGCACAUUCGUGUCGGCUGGGAGCAUCUCCUCACCACCAUUGCUAGAACCAUCAAUGAGGUGGAGAAUCAGAUCCUAACAAGGGAUGCCAAGGGCAUCAGUCAGGAGCAAAUGCACGAGUUCAGAGCAUCCUUCAACCACUUUGACAAGGACCAUACGGGUGCUCUGGGACCUGAAGAAUUCAAAGCUUGUCUCAUCAGUCUGGGCUAUGAUGUGGAAAAUGAAAGACAGAAGAGAGUUGCCGCUCUGGAAUUGGAUGACUUUCGAGCUCUUCUUAUCUCUACGGGAUACAGCUUGGGUGACGUAGAAUUUAACCGCAUCAUGGCAAAUGUUGAUCCCAACAAUUCAGGCAUGGUGACCUUCCAAGCUUUCAUUGACUUUAUGUCAAGGGAGACCACAGACACAGAUACUGCGGACCAAGUUAUUGCAUCUUUCAAGGUCCUUGCUGGAGACAAGAAUUACAUCACAGCAGCAGAGCUACGUCGGGAGCUUCCACCAGACCAAGCAGAAUACUGCAUCUCUCGCAUGGCACCCUUCCACGGGCCGGACGCAGCGCCUGGAGCUUUGGAUUACAUGUCCUUUUCUACUGCGUUGUACGGCGAGAGUGACCUGUGAGCAUGAUGGGGAAAGAGAUCAACACUGCCCUACUGCCCUCCAUCAGCUACUAAUGCCUCUAACUGCUGAAGGGGUGAAGCUUCGGAGGGACUAGGGGGGGACGCUGGCCUUUACUAGCAUCGCCCUAUUAGGGGAGAGAGGGAGGGGAUCAAAUGAGCUUAUCAUUCCCUUUGCAAGGAGGGAGGAGAAGGCAUAUCAGAAGCUGCAGGACCGCUCCUCCCCCCUCUGCAAAGCUAUCUAUGCAACGGCUAAGGGGCAGGGGUGCUUCCAUACACCGCUGGCACGUAGACUGCGCUUCUGGGUAACCUUUCAUAUAUUGCACCCUGUACAGAUUCUCCACAGACCCCUCCCUCCCUCCCUUGGGUUAUUUAUUCCUGGUCCUACAAGCCCAUGUGUGAGGUGCCUGGUCCUAGCCUCCGUCACACAGGGUUCCUAACCAUUCCUGCGACUGUUCUUCCCUCGUUCAUCACCGUUUCCUUGGCGACAUCGCAACAUAUAGGGCUCCACACUGCAGGCAGGGGAGAGAUCCAUUAAAAGGGGGUGCUUCACCUUCCCCAGCUAUUUUAUCACAUAUUUCCAGAGGGGGGACUCCUUUAUUAUUUUUCUUCUGCUUAUCAGAGGCAGCUGGUAUUAUAUUAUAAGAUCUGUUACAAGAACCUACAACAAGCCACCAGGGGGGAAUCCUGUCAUUCCACUUUUUUUUACCAAUCAUGUUUGAGGUGUUUGGAGGAAUGAAGUAGAAUCCAAACAUCAGACCGACAUCCCUGCUGCAUUGUGUCGCCCCCCUGGUGACCACCUUCUGAUGUAUCAUUACAUUCCACAAUUUGUGUCAUAUUUUGGUGACGGACUUAUUUUCUUUGGUAUACACCCCUCCCCCCCUUCUACAUUCCUGAACUUCACAUCAUGAGAGCUUUCAAAACUUUUUCUUGUCGCUUUUCUGGCCCUGUCACGGUUUUUAUUUUUCCUUUUUUUAAGGACCAAAAAAAAAAAAUUAUAAUAAAACUUUAAGAGGGUUACUAUUUACUUAAUUUAGGGGGAUUUAUGAUAUAAAUAUAUAUUCACCUAGCAAAACCUUAUAUUUGCAGUUUUUUUUUCUUGUCUUCGAAAUAAAGGUUGCUGAUUGUUACCA